AUGUGCGGUAUUCCACUGGGACUUUGUGGAUCGUGCUGGGAUUGCACGGCUACUGGAAAGGGAAGGGAAGGAGGGGAACAUUACAAGCAUUACUGUGCACAUAUCGAUGGGCACAUCGGGAUUCAGGUCGACGGAGUGUUUGCUGAGUACGCGAUUGUCGAUAGCCGGACGAGCACGGUCAUUCCGGAGGGGGUCUCGCUGUUGGCGGCGGCACCGCUGGGGUGCGCGGGCAGGACGGCGUGGAGGGCAGUUAAGGAGGCGGGAUUGCAGCCGGGGCAGUGGUUGGGUAUUGUCGGGUCGGGAGGAGGGUUGGGACACUUGGCGGUGCAGUUUGCGACGAAGAUGGGGUUGAAGGUUGUUGGUGUCGAGGCGAGGGAUGGGGGCCUGGAGCUUACGAGAGAGAUGGGGGCGGAUGUGGUUGUCGAUGCGAGGAUGGGGAAGGAUGAGGUGGUGAGAGAGAUUGGGAAGGCAGUGCUGGGGGAUGAUGGGAAGGAAGUUGACCAUAACGGUUUGUUUGCUACGGGAGGUGUCGAUGCUACUGUCAACUUGUCUGACGCGGAUGAUGCGGCUGGACUGGCGUGUGCGAUUACGAAGAUGCAUGGGUUGAUGGUGCAGGUUGCUCAGCCUUUAGAGGUGAAGAUUCCGUUCAUGGAGCUGAUAAUAAGAGAUGUGAGGAUCAAGGGCAGCUUGCAGUGUUCAGGGGAGGAAAGCGAGGAGCUGUUGAGGUUUGUCGCUGAACAUGGAGUCAAGGUAAAGAUGACUCCGUUCUAUGGGCUAGAUCAGGUUGAGGAGCUAGAGAAGGUGGUUUCAAGCGGAAAGCUCCAGGGAAGGGCAGCGAUUAUCGUCGAUCCGCAUCAACUUCAACAGGAGAAGGAGAUCGUGAGACAUUAG